AGAGAGAGAGAGAGAGAGAGAUAGAGAUAGAGUGUGGCUAAUAUGGUUUAAGAGGGCAUAUGAGAGUUAACAGCCCACCUGGCUGGUAACAACGGGAGGCUUGAAGAAGAGGGUUCAAACUCAUUUUAAUGGAGAAUGACUGACUGCGACUUUAACUUAGUCACAUGUAGCGCGGCAGCAGUACGGUCACACUCCAGUCUACCCACGGGGCUGUCUGUCAAUGGUGCGCCCCACACUUCAGUCUACCCACGGGGCUGUCACACUCCAGUCUACCCACGGGGCUGUCACACUCCAGUCUACCCACGGGGCUGUCACACUCCAGUCUACCCACGGGGCUGUCACACUCCAGUCUACCCACGGGGCUGUCACACUCCAGUCUACCCACGGGGCUGUCACACUCCAGUCUACCCACGGGGCUGUCACACUCCAGUCUACCCACGGGGCUGUCACACUCCAGUCUACCCACGGGGCUGUCACACUCCAGUCUACCCACGGGGCUGUCACACUCCAGUCUACCCACGGGGCUGUCACACUCCAGUCUACCCACGGGGCUGUCACACUCCAGUCUACCCACGGGGCUGUCACACUCCAGUCUACCCACGGGGCUGUCACACUCCAGUCUACCCACGGGGCUGUCACACUCCAGUCUACCCACGGGGCUGUCACACUCCAGUCUACCCACGGGGCCGUCACACUCCAGUCUACCCACGGGGCCCCCACACUCCAGUCUACCCACGGGGCCGUCACACUCCAGUCUACCCACGGGGCCCCCACACUCCAGUCUACCCACGGGGCCCCCACACUCCAGUCUACCCACGGGGCCCCCACACUCCAGUCUACCCACGGGGCUGUCACACUCCAGUCUACCCACGGGGCUGCCACACUCCAGUCUACCCACGGGGCUGUCACACUCCAGUCUACCCACGGGGCUGUCACACUCCAGUCUACCCACGGGGCUGUCACACUCCAGUCUACCCACGGGGCUGUCACACUCCAGUCUACCCACGGGGCUGCCACACUCCAGUCUACCCACGGGGCUGCCACACUCCAGUCUACCCACGGGGCUGUCACACUCCAGUCUACCCACGGGGCUGUCACACUCCAGUCUACCCACGGGGCUGUCACACUCCAGUCUACCCACGGGGCUGUCACACUCCAGUCUACCCACGGGGCUGUCACACUCCAGUCUACCCACGGGGCUGUCACACUCCAGUCUACCCACGGGGCUGUCACACUCCAGUCUACCCACGGGGCUGUCACACUCCAGUCUACCCACGGGGCUGUCACACUCCAGUCUACCCACGGGGCUGUCACACUCCAGUCUACCCACGGGGCUGUCACACUCCAGUCUACCCACGGGGCUGUCACACUCCAGUCUACCCACGGGGCUGUCACACUCCAGUCUACCCACGGGGCUGUCACACUCCAGUCUACCCACGGGGCUGUCACACUCCAGUCUACCCACGGGGCUGUCACACUCCAGUCUACCCACGGGGCUGUCACACUCCAGUCUACCCACGGGGCUGUCUGUCAAUGGUGCGUCCCCACACUCCAGUCUACCCACGGGGCUGUCUGUCAAUGGUGCGCCCCCACACUCCAGUCUACCCACGGGGCUGUCACACUCCAGUCUACCCACGGGGCUGUCACACUCCAGUCUACCCACGGGGCUGUCUGUCAACGGUGCGUCCCCACACUCCAGUCUACCCACGGGGCUGUCACACUCCAGUCUACCCACGGGGCUGUCACACUCCAGUCUACCCACGGGGCUGUCUGUCAAUGGUGCGUCCCCACACUCCAGUCUACCCACGGGGCUGUCUGUCAAUGGUGCGCCCCCACACUCCAGUCUACCCACGGGGCUGUCACACUCCAGUCUACCCACGGGGCUGCCACACUCCAGUCUACCCACGGGGCUGUCACACUCCAGUCUACCCACGGGGCUGUCACACUCCAGUCUACCCACGGGGCUGUCACACUCCAGUCUACCCACGGGGCUGUCACACUCCAGUCUACCCACGGGGCUGUCACACUCCAGUCUACCCACGGGGCUGUCACACUCCAGUCUACCCACGGGGCUGCCACACUCCAGUCUACCCACGGGGCUGCCACACUCCAGUCUACCCACGGGGCUGCCACACUCCAGUCUACCCACGGGGCUGCCACACUCCAGUCUACCCACGGGGCUGUCACACUCCAGUCUACCCACGGGGCUGUCACACUCCAGUCUACCCACGGGGCUGUCACACUCCAGUCUACCCACGGGGCUGUCACACUCCAGUCUACCCACGGGGCUGUCACACUCCAGUCUACCCACGGGGCUGUCACACUCCAGUCUACCCACGGGGCUGUCACACUCCAGUCUACCCACGGGGCUGUCACACUCCAGUCUACCCACGGGGCUGUCACACUCCAGUCUACCCACGGGGCUGUCUGUCAAUGGUGCGCCCCAAAUGCCACUCUAUUCCCUAUACAGUGAGGGGACAAAACAUUAAGAACACCUCCUCUUUCCAUGACA